UCUAUUUUUCAUCGUUAGUCAAUCUAACAUUUCUUCAAUCAAAAUUUGAUUAAAAAUGAACAAAGUCAUCAACUUUCAAGAACAGAGAAACGCUAACUCUAAACAAGAAAGCGAUGAAGAACUCGGAGGAGAAGCAAGGAGGCUUGCUUUCUCGGGAGUGCUCCCGUGGGUACUGCGAUCGGCCAUCGAGCUCGGUCUCAUCGAUGCCCUCCACGUGGCAGCAGCUGAGGGUGGCUCGUUCCUCUCCCCUUCUGAAAUCUCUCUUCGGCUGCCUUGUGUUCCAACAAACCCUAAUGCUCCGGACAUGUUGAACCGUGUGCUGAGGUUACUUGCAAGUUACUCUAUCGUUGAGUGCCGUAGGGUUCAGACUGGAGAAAAGGUGGAGAUUGCAUACCGGGCUAAACCAAUUUGUCGGUUUCUGGUGAAAGAUGGGGAUCAAGAUGGUUCCUUUGGUCCUUUACUCAUGAUGCUCAACUGUGACCUAUCCCGGUUGUGCUGGAGCCAGUUUACUGAGUCACUUCUCAAAGGGGGGAACGUAUUUGAAAUGGCGUAUGGGAUGUCGGCAUUCGAGUACACUACAAAGGAUAAAGGGAUCAAUGUGUUGUUCCAAGAGGCAAUGUCGGGUUGGACAAAGCUUGUCAUGUCGAAGGUUGUAGGAAUUUACAGAGGCUUCCAAGGCAUAAAGGUUUUGGUCGAUGUGGGAGGUGGAACCGGAGCCACCCUCCGCCUCAUCGCCGCCAAGUAUCCAAACAUCAAGGCCGUAAAUUUCGAUAUGCCUCACGUCGUGGCAAUAGCACCUUCCCAUCCAGAUAUUGAGCAUAUAGGCGGAGAUAUGUUCACAAGUGUUCCAAAAGGCGAUGCCAUAAUCUUGAGGAAUAUCCUCCAUGACUGGGACGACGAAAACUGCUUGAAGAUCCUCAAGAAUUGCUUCGAGGCUCUUCAGAGCAGCGGUAAACUGAUUGUCGUGGAGUCGGUUUUCCCUGAUGAACCUAAGAGCGAUGUUUCUUCAAAGAUAGCGACCCUCGAUGAUAUUGGCAUGCUUAUUUCAACGCCUGGAGGGAAACAGAGAACUCGGGCCGAAUUCAAAACUUUGGCCAAUGAUUCCGGUUUCGGGGACUGUCAAUUCAUAUGUUGUGCAUAUGGAACUUCGGUUAUAGAAUUUCACAAAUACAUUUGAUUCCUUCAA